AUGUCUUCCGGUGGUAAAGGUGGCAAAGCCGGUGGUGAAAAAUCUACCUCUCAAUCUCGUUCUGCCAAAGCCGGUCUACAAUUCCCUGUUGGUCGUAUCCACCGACUCUUACGAAAAGGUCACUAUGCUCAACGAGUAGGAGCUGGAGCACCUGUUUACCUCGCCGCUGUUCUUGAGUACCUAGCAGCCGAAAUUCUUGAGUUGGCUGGUAAUGCUGCUCGGGAUAACAAGAAAUCUCGAAUUAUUCCUCGUCACCUUCAACUUGCCAUUCGAAACGAUGAAGAAUUGAACCGACUCCUUGGCCACGUUGUUAUCUCACAGGGUGGUGUUCUUCCUCACAUUCACGGUGAACUCCUACCGGCAAAAUCA